CUGGACAAGAAAGAUACAGAGCCAUAACAAGCGCGUAUUACAGAGGAGCUGUAGGUGCCCUUUUGGUGUAUGAUAUUGCGAAGCACUUGACCUAUGAAAAUGUGGAAAGGUGGCUGAAAGAACUACGGGAUCAUGCUGACAGUAAUAUUGUUAUAAUGCUAGUGGGAAACAAGAGCGAUCUUCGUCAUCUUCGUGCAGUCCCUACUGAUGAGGCAAAAGCCUUUGCAGAGAAAAAUAGUCUUUCAUUUAUUGAGACAUCGGCUCUCGACUCAACAAAUGUAGAGGUGGCAUUUCACAACAUUUUAACAGAAAUCUACCACAUUGUAUCCCAAAAACAAAUUCAUGAUUCACCAGGUGGUGAUGGGAGCCAACCAAGUAAUAAUGUGCAGCCCAUUAUCGUACAUCCAACAAAUGAAGAUGCUCAGAAAAAGAAAGUUCAAUGUUGUAAUGCUUAGUCAAGAAGAAACCUGAGUUGACUACUGUUGUCCAAAUACUCAUUGGGCUUUAAGCCCUGCUCUUUACUUACAGCACAACAAAACCUUUUCAAAGGUGUUUCGUACACAUGUAUUUCCAUAGUACAUUAAUUUUAGAAAUAAAUAGUCCAGGACAAGACUGAAGAAAUUAUUGUUUAAUUCUUGUUGAAAAGCUGGUUAAGGCAAGGUUACCUUCAAUGUAUAGCUUUAUUGUAUAUGUACUUUGACUGAUUUUUAUGGUGACAAUAUGUUUCAAAAUUGAGGAAACUCUGAAAUUCUGUCUGUGUGUGUAAAUUAAUAUGCAAUUUAAAUUGGCAAAGUGCAUGGUAGUAUGGCUCAAGUCUCAUGCAAAUUUAUUAUUUUUUCGUUUUCCAUGCAUUUCUAGUUCAUAAUAUUUUGUACAUGUUCUAAAGACUACACAUUUCAAAGCUGAUGAGUGUACCAUUUAUUGUUCUACUCCCUCUGACUAGUGUUAAUCAAAUGUCAGUGAAUGCAGGAUGAGUAAAUCCUCAACUUUAAUAUUUGAAUGGAGUAAAUUUCAUCUUCAAAGUAUACCUUCUUUAAGCAAAUAAAUUUCCUUUAAUGCAUAGGUGUAUGUAUGGACUUAAGCCUGUCAGAGAAUGAUCAUAAAUUUCAUAUUCAUCACUUGUCGAUGUACUGAUAGCAUGCUCUUGUUUGCUUGUACUCCUGCUGUAAUUAAUGGUUCAGUGAUUGUGUUGAAACAGGUUUAGGGGGAAACUUAUCAAGCAUCUAUGCAAAUAUUGUAAAGAUGUGUUCUUGCAAACCGAGUGAAAAUCUUUUUAUUUUGUUGGCAAAUGAAGCUCCUUGUUUUACAGUUUAUUUUCUUACCACAGCUGUAAAAUAGGAAAAGAAAAAAUGAUUUCCAGAUCUUUUUUUGAAUGAUGUCAGCGAUAGUAGUAAUGAUGGAAGACAAAAAAAAAAAUACCCAUCCUGUUAUGAGUCAUUUAGAAGGUCCUUGCACGCCUGUUACUUAUAUUCAUCAAAUCAAUACUAUAGCACUUGUCUAUAUCUCUCCUGGCUUAUUUUUUAGAGAUAUUGCAAGUAUUGUGCUAUACCUCCCAUGGCAAUUAUUUUGAACAAAAUAAUAAAGACCUGAGUUAUCUACAA